AUGAAUGAUCCUCGUGAACUACCUUUCGAUCUGCUUGUUCAUAAGGAAAAGACUGCUUGUUCAUCUGCGAGUGCUAAAAAGACGAAGCAAAUAAAAAUCUUCUGGGAGAUGCAUGGACAGAAGAAAAAUAUUAACAUAAAGAGCAAGUUACUUGAACAAUCCAAAUUGGAUUUUAUGCGGGCUCAGGCAGAAAUGACAGAAGUUCAGGUGAAUGGAAUUGUACACACUGCAGCGCAAUUAAACAAAGAUGCUCUUUCAAACUUAGAGAAAGUCAUUUCUAUAAUUGCAUCUGUGAAAUUUGAAAUGAGGAACAAACGAGUGUUUGAUGAUAAUAAUAAUCAUGAUAAUCAAACACAGCCACCAUCAAAAAAGUUAUUACACAAUUCUCCUGACAUUGUUGUUGAUAAAGAGUACAAUAAAAUUGCAGAGUGA